AACUACAAGAAUAUGCCUUGUGCAUAGACUGUCUAUGGCGUGUACGCUGCCGUAAAAAAGAAGAAGAAAUCAAUAGAAGAAAUAAAAGUUUGGGACUUUGUAACGGAGGCUUCCCUGUGUUGGAUGAGAGUCAGAAUCACAGGCAGCACGUGGACAACUGGCUGGUGGAGUAUAAUUUCCCAUCAUGGUGAACCAAGUUCAGCAAGGAGAUGGUAACUGCCAGUCUUCCAAGAGCGAUUCCAGUGGGAGCAAUAGUGGCGGUGAGAGCUCCAAGGAGAGCUCCCGGUGUUCCACGCCGGUGUUGGAUGCAGAUCGGUCAGACAGGCUGCGAGACAAGAUGCGGAGGAGGAUGGAGUCCGGAGACCAUUGGUUCUCGCUGGAAUUUUUUCCGCCCCGCACAGCCAGUGGAGCUGUCAACCUCAUCUCAAGAUUUGACCGUAUGGGCUCUGGAGGGCCCCUGUUCAUUGACAUUACUUGGCAUCCAGCAGGGGACCCAGGCUCAGACAAGGAAACCUCAUCCAUGAUGAUUGCUAGUACUGCAGUCAACUAUUGUGGCCUGGAGAGCAUUCUCCACUUGACUUGCUGCAACCAAACCAAAGGAAAGAUUACAGACUACCUGACUAAAGCAAAGCGCCUGGGCCUCAAGAACAUCAUGGCACUAAGAGGAGACCCACUGGGAGAGGACUGGGAGGAAGAGGAGGAAGGCUUCAACUAUGCUGUCGACCUUGUUAAACACAUCCGGUCAGAGUUCGAUGAUUACUUUGACAUCUGUGUUGCUGGCUACCCCACAGGUCAUCCUGAGGCAGAGAGCUAUGAAGACGAUCUCAGGCACCUUAAGGAGAAGGUGGAUGCUGGAGCCGACUUUGUCAUCACCCAACUGUUUUUCAGAGCAGAAACUUUCCUUAAGUUUCUAGAAGACUGCAGGGCAAUUGGCAUUACAUGUCCCAUCCUGCCCGGAAUCUUUCCCAUUCAGGGAUACCAGUCUCUGCGUCAGCUCGUUAAGCUGUCGAAACUUGAGGUACCAGAGGACAUCACCAAAGUCAUCGAGCCCAUCAAAGACAAUGAUGCUGCCAUCCGUAACUAUGGAAUCCAACAAGCAGUGAAAAUGUGUCGUGUGCUGCUGGAAAGUGGCAAGGUACCAGGCCUCCAUUUCUAUACACUGAAUCGAGAGGUCGCAACUAUGGAGGUGCUUCGACAGCUUGGUCUGUGGAUAGAAGACCCCAGACGGCCUCUUCCCUGGGCAGUAAGUGCACAUCCCAAACGGAAGGUGGAAGAUGUUCGACCCAUAUUUUGGGCCUCCAGGCCCAAGAGCUACAUUUACAGAACCCAAGACUGGGAUGAAUUCCCCAAUGGCAGAUGGGGAAACUCCUCAUCUCCAGCUUUUGGUGAGCUAAACGACUACUACCUGUUCUACUUGAAGAGCAAAUCAUCCAAAGAUGCUCUGCUGCAGAUGUGGGGUGAGGAGCUGAUGAAUGAAGAAAGUGUCAACGAGAUCUUUACGUGCUACAUCACAGCCCAACCAAACCGUGGUGGUCACAAGGUGUUGUGUUUGCCAUGGAACGAUGAGCCUCUUGCCACCGAGACCAACCUGUUGAAGGAUGAGCUGGAGAAGGUGAACAAGCGAGGAGUCCUCACCAUCAACUCUCAGCCCAACAUCAACGGCAAACCCUCCACAGACCCUAUAGUAGGCUGGGGACCUGCAGGGGGCUACGUCUUUCAGAAGGCCUAUCUGGAGUUCUUCACCUCUAGUGAAAAUGUGACAGCUCUCCUUAAAGUGCUGAAGAAGUAUGAGCCACGUGUCAACUACCACAUUGUUAAUGUGCACGGCCGUAACCUGACCAAUGCCCCUGACAUGCAGCCUAAUGCUGUGACAUGGGGAAUCUUCCCUGGCAGGGAGAUUGUUCAGCCUACUGUCGUGGACCCAGUCAGCUUUAUGUCCUGGAAGGACGAGGCGUUUGCCUUGUGGAUUGAGCAGUGGGCCAAGCUCUAUGAAGACGAGUCUCCAUCACGGAUGAUCAUAAAGUAUAUUCAUGACAAUUACUUCCUGGUCAAUCUGGUAGACAAUGACUUUCCACUAGAGAACUGUCUGUGGCAGGUCAUUGAUGACAUGUUUGAGCUGCUCGAUGCGCCUCCGGAGCCACUCAACGAUGGAGCAGUCUCUGAGUAAAAGAAAUUAUUUUCAACAAGGUGUUAAGGAAAGAUGAAACACUAUGAAACAGUUGAUAUUUUAUGCAUUUAAAAAAAAAUCUGCUAUUUACAAUACGCACUUUGUACUGCUAAGUGUAAUUCACAGUAUUUUUACAGAUUUUUUUAUAGAUUUCUUUUUUUAAACAUUUGAGUGAAUGGGAAACGUUGUGGUAAUGAAACUGAAUAUUUCUGAUGAGUAACUUAAUCCUCUACAGCAUUUCUGGUCGAUAAGCUACACUUGUGCUCUUACAGAUUUGGCUUUGACCUUUUAGAGUUUAAUUAUGACAAAACAACCUUCCCAUAUGUAACGUGUUUUUAAUUCAAGUUGUCUGUUUGAAAUACAGAAUGCUAAUGGUUUUUAUGGUGUAUAAGACUAUGAGUGAGAAUCUAGUAGUAGUGUUGUACUUAAGAAAUAGAUAAGGUCUGCUUGCAUGAGAAUCCCUUUUCUCCUCAUGUUGAUUCCUUAACAGGAAAAGUAAACAAUUGCACUAUUUA